GUAUUUUAAAAUUCUUCGAAGGCAUUCUGUGUCAGGAAAUCAAUUGGAUUGUAUCAAGUUGGAAAAUGGUCUGGUUCAAAUUCUAUCCAUCUCAAUUACCCAUAUUCGCAGUGUGUUAUGCAUUGUUCCUGUUACCCAUAGGGUAUCUUGUGGUGAUAUCAAACGAUCAUGCACAACCAUUUGUUCCAUUUUUGAGGUAACCAAUAUGAUUUGAUAAUCCUCACUGAUUAAAAAUAAAUUCAUGUAAAUAUUUGUGUGAUAAGAAACGGAUUAGUUUAUUUUAUUUGUAUUAUGAAUGGUAAAUAUGUUUCUGAAAUACAAUACAGCUGAAGCACAACACCAACCCAAUCACAUUUGAUGAAGAAUCUGUGUUAGAUGUGGAGACAUUCACGUAGCUGAGACGGGCAACAUAAUCGAUGAACAAGGAUCAUCUGAUGCAGUCGUAAAACAAGGAUUGGCAAAGCAUGAACAGCAUUCCUUCACUUAAACAACACAUAGAAUUCAAAACAAAACUGUCUGCAAGCCAACAUCAAAUUCACAAUCUUCAAUACGAACGUCACGAUAGUUCUACCAUACUGAGCUGGAACUUCGAGAACUACCACAACAGUCAUCAAACAUUUACAAGUAUUUAUAAACAAUCAUCUACUCGAGAUACUCAAUGUCUGUUUGUCGGAUACUAUCAGCAAGAGUGUAUUGUGGAAGAGAACGAGCCACCUUGCAGUUGAGGAUUGAAUUAGGAAAGGAUGCUGGAUGUGGAUAGGAUAUACAUUACGGAAAUCCUCAGACUGCAUCUCGAGACAAGCGUUACCUUGGAAUGGUGAAGGGAAAUAGAAAAGUGGAAUACCAAAUAACACACAACUUCGGGAAUUGGAAGCAGACAUCAAAGAGUGAAAAUCGAUUAUAAACAAGUGGAAAGUAUUGUCGAGGAUAGAGUUGGAUGGAGAAUCAUCAUGGUCAGCCUAUUCUCCUCCACAACUAGGGUAAUUGGCGUAAUUGUGUAAAUAAGUAAGUAAGUAAGCAUGUUGGUUGGUAAGUAAGUAUGGUAAAUAUGAAGUGAAUGUCACUAAGUUCAGACUAACAGUCACGAUAACUUCAAAGAUAUCUUUAUCUUCUAACAGUUAAAAUGUCAAUAAAUUUAUCUUUUGAGACAUAUAACUUAGAAUUUAUUUCUUUAUGUCAAAUAUUGUUUAUAUCUUCCCAUACCACGUGAAACGAUGUCUGUGUAGUUAGCAUUAGACAUUUGUCAUUCUCUCUUCAGUUGUAGAAGAACCGUAGAUAAUUUCCAUUCAUUCAAAUUAUUCUGAAAAACCACUUAAAUAUUCAGUCGAUUUCCAAUUUGAAAAUUCUUGGUUAACACAAUCCCACAAGUGCCAUUGGCAGUGAAAUUAAAGCAAUGUUUAAAGGUUCUAAAUACUUUGACGGAACGAAGAUUUCAUGGGAUUAGAAUUGGGCAAAAGAAAAUAUAUAUGGAAAUGAAUUAGCAAAUAACAAUCAUUUACUCUAGUUCACUUCAAUGAAACCAGCUGACUACCUGAACUGACAAUACACUAAACCUCAUAAUAAUUCUUAAGUCAACUAUGCCGAGAAAAACGAUCCAUCAAAAGGUAACUUGCACUUGAUUGAAGAGUGAAGCCAGUCAUUAGACCAAGAUUGACUGUAAUUCCAUAAAAUGGAGUUGUUUUUAUAGUUUCCAGUACAAUGCAACUUUACAUUACGUAAUUAGCAUUUCAAGGAAAAUGCAGUGUAUUUACUUGAUUGUUUUCUAAUACUCAAAUUAUAUGUAUGUAAUAUAAUGCAAUAAAAUGUGUAGCAAAUAAUAAAUUUGCAUUUCUACAGUUCUCUUGGUAUACACCCACCAGAAAAAUACUUGUUUACGAUUAUUAUGAGUUCAUAUGGAUUAAUGUCAACUAUCAGUCAAUGGUUUUGGUUAUCUAUGAUGAGAAAGAAAUUUAAAAAAAGAAUACAUUCGAGAAUCGGUCAAUACAUCUGCAAAUUUAUUGCACUGCUCUAUACCAUAUCAGGAAUUUGCAUUGUUCUGCUGUCUAUCUUUAAUGUACGUUUAGUUGAUUAAACUUGUUGAAAGACCAUUACAGAAUACUAGUAUCAUAACAGACACUGAUUGACAUGAUUUGAGCAAAUAAACAUUUAGUUGAGUCACGUGUUAUGGUAGUGUAGUGAAGACGUUUGACCGGAGAUCCCAGCCAUGCUAAUUACUUGUACGGAAUAUGUUCACUUGAUUGAUAAUAAUAAUAGUAACGAUUUUUUAAUGAUAAUAAUAGUGAUAAUAACAAUGGUGAGAAAGAUGACGUAAUAGUCAUCAGCAUGACGAAUAAUGUCUUCCAUUAUUCAAGUAACAAAUUCAUUCCGAUUAUUUUAUCUCGUAAUCAGUUAGUCAUAUUAUUCUGUCAUUUCCGAAUAACUAAUCCACAAAACGAUGCUCACGGAACAUUAGUUAACUGAAUUUUACUGAAGUGUUAGAUAGUAACCAAAGCACUUUAUUCUUUGUGUUUCAGAUGAAAGAUACCAAUCAUUUACACUAUCGUUUAACUAUGGUCAAUUUUUUUUGCCAAGCAACUGCGAUGCUGUUGGGUUCAGUACUUGUCUUUUGGGUUUAUCGUCCAAUGAAAUGGUUUCUGAUUGCUAGGAUUAUUGUCAUACUUCAGUUAUUUCUCGGAUCAUAUUUCUUUGUUUAUUUCAAUCGCGCUGCACUGUUAGUGUUUAAUGGGGAGAACAUCUACUACAUAAGGGAACAUGAACCGGGAUACACAGAAUUCAAUAAAUGUGCAAUCAGUGAGUGGUUCUGUAUAUUCGGUCUUAUAGAAAUCACCUUGAUAACUGGUUUGGAAUUACGGAAACAUGAAGAAAGUGUUACAAAAACAAAAGCAGUUUACAUGAUGUAGAGUUCAGAUUCUAUGUAACUUACAUGUUUAUACAUUUUUUGUGUGUACAUUCCGUCUUUUGAUUUCGCACAAAUUAUCGAUGAAAAUAGAUUAUCUUUUGAUAUUACUUUCGACUUGAAUCUAUUUCUGUGGUUACAGUUUGGAAGUACUGGGUAAAUAUUACAAGUUUCAAGCACGGUAAAAUAAAAUGUUGAUAAUGACUAGACAGAUAUUCUCAUUUUACAUUUUGCUACAGUUUAGCUCCAUUAAGACUCUACCUCAAUGACGACCACAAGAGCAACGACGUAAUUUGUAGAUUUUAGGCAUAUUAAGAGCCCAGUUAUUGCAAGUAGGAACUGUACUCAAUAAUCAGUCAAUUGACAUGUCAUUUACCUUUGAACAAUUUGAAGCCUUGCUGGAGCGUCAAGAAAAACGUUACGAACAGUCCCAGAUUCGUAUUAUAGAGACGCUAAUUCAGCAAAUGAACCUAAAUCAGAAGGGGUUUAGAGAUGAUCCUUUCAAAUCUCAUGCUGAUCACAAUAAUAAUUCUAUCCAUGAAUUUCAUUUUUAUGGUUUUGCUGGUGUCACAUUUAAAUUGUCGUUCGAAAAAUACGAGGAUUUAUUCAAGGUCGACUGAAAUAGAGGUCAAUAGAGAAAACAACUACAACGAACAUACAAACAACGGGUAUGCAUUUAUGAUUGCAUCCAACCUAAUUCCAAGUCAGCUAAAUGACUUGUAAAUCAGCUGUCAAGAAACUCCUACAGUUUACAUCUCUUCGAAGUAUGUGGAGAUGACUUUGUUCAGAAAAACAACCAGCUUCAUAGCCAAAACAUCCAGAUCAUUAUUAAUAUCACCGAUAAUAUGAGAAUUAAAAUACAUAACGGAGAAGCUACAUUUUAAUAUAGUUCACGAAACGUGAAUUCUUCUUACAUAGGCUGGUGAGACUACAGAAAUGGUUUCACGUAUCAUGAUUUCAUUAAACAACUAUGUGUGGAAAUGUGAAAAUGGGCAGAGUGAAAUAAGUAAACAGAGAUAAUAAAGCAUUCUUGUAUAAAAAUGCACAUAAGUAAAAGUUCAGGAUAAACUAUGUAUGAAUGCAUACAAUCCAAUCAAUGAUGCUGCAACCAAACACAAAUAGAACAGAAAACGUUACACAAUAAUCUCUCUCAGUGUGUCAUAUUAAUUUGAGAUAGGAUUCAAUUGAAAAUGGGUCACUACUGAUAACGAAUACAGAAAUAACCAUUUUCAAGUCUCUUUAUAGUGAGAGGGUUUUAAGUUGUUUCGAACUGGAUGAUGUGUAGUACAAAAGUGAGAUUGAGUUGGCAUUCUUCAUCAAUUUCAGUCAUACAACGACGCCUGUUUGGAAGAGUCGAACUGUGUUGUAAGCACGCAAUGAUUAAGCGGUGGACCAACAGUAUUUUCACUGGUGAGGACUAUCCAGUGUAACUCGUACUAACACCAAAUAACGAGUUGGCAACCGAUUGGUUAGGCGGUGUUUCAGGAACAGCUGCUAUUGUUAAAUUGGAAAGAUGAGAAAUGAGCAGUGAAUAAGCACUCAAGAAUAAGUAGUAGACAAACCUUGAACAUUACGGUUAAACUGGGGUGUGAAACCAAGUACCACUUUUCAUGAGUGAAAUUACUGACUUUCCAAAUUGUAAUAACACUAGUUUAAAAGAGUUUAUCGUUUAGUGACAAUAUAUGUGAACUGUUUAUUAUUUUUCAGUAGUUUGAGUCAGCUAAUAAGAUCACUAAAUAUAAUUCGACCGUAAAUGAUGUUGAACCAUCUGACAUUGUUUACGAAACAUCUUUAGCUGUGGACUAGUUCUAAACAGUCCUAUAUGAAAUAUAAAUUAAUUCAACUUCCC